GGUAGGGGACACCAUGGUGGACAAGGAGGAUUUGGAAAAAAACCUGAAAAAGCUGCUUGUGCGGCUAAGGAACAAUUUAGAAGAGGUAAAGCAGCUGGGCACCAUGGUCCAGAUCAUCCAGGACAUGCUUUUUCUGACAUACACAGACGAAUGUGGAGAGCUGUUUCAAGACAAAGAUGUCCAUGAGCCACUGAUGCUCCUGCUGUCAUCUUGCAGCAACAGUAAACUUCAGCAGGUGGGAUGGUCCCUGCUGUGCCGGUUGAUGGAAAUCUGUCCCACCACCUUGAACAAACUGGUCCAGCCCCGUCAGGCUCUAAAGGAUCUCAAGGCUUUAGGAGUGGAUCAGCAGAUUUUAAACAUGCUGGCUUUGCAUCAGAAAGACCUAAACGUGCUAAUGGUAGGGUUGAAAGCCCUAGCCUUGAUGUUGAAAUCAGAUGAGCUGACAUUGCUGAUUCUAGAGCAGGAGAUGGAUGUGUUUGAGCUGGUGGUGGAGGCCAUGAAGACAUUUCCUCACAGUGAGGAGCUGCAGCUCCAGGGCUGCUCCGCGCUUUGCUUGCUGCUGGAGAGAGUUCCAGAGGUACAUCGAGUGGAGUUUAUUGAGAGGAAGGAUCAUGUCGUAGUUUUGAAUGUGCUCAUCAGGUUCAAGGACAGUGAGAAAGUGGUGUUGUCUGCACUGCAGCUUCUCUUACCAUUGGCUGAGCCUGCAAGCAAUGUGGAAAUUCUGAUGUCCAAAUCAGAAAAAUGCUAUAGUGUAGUGUGUCAAGCAGUGGAGAUGUUCUCUCAUUCAGAGGCUGUACAGGAGGUCGGAUGCUGCCUACUGCGGAAAUUUACUUCAGAAAGUUACUUCAAUAUCUUGGUGCUGAAUGGUGUACACAGAGUGGCAAUGAAAGCAUGUCUCUCCUAUCCUGACAAUGCCAAGAUCCAAGCUGCUGCACUGUCCUGUCUGGCUGCACUCACAAAGACAAUCCUGGAGAAUGAAGAUCUUAAAAAGUCAUGUUAUGAAGGUGAUAGGGGGAAAGAAUAUGCUGUGGACAAUAACAAGGAGGAACGCCUGGAUUGGAAAGAGACUUGCUGCACAGCUUUAGACAGACACAGUGAAAAUGCUGAAGUGCAGGAGGCUGCUUGCUGGGCAUUAAACAACUUGCUGCUCUAUGGCAGUGCACGCAGUAUAUAUGAGGAAUCCAAGGAAAGACCUCCGGUAUAUAUACAGGUAAUGACCGUGAUGCUUGUCCACUCCUCGAGUUUUGGUGUGUUCCAGGCUGCUGCAUCUACCCUAUGCACGCUCAUACGCCGUCACAGUAAGAUGAGGUCCCGGCUCCUGGCCAGUGGCAUUCAUUACAACGUUGUGGAUCUGAUGAAGAGACAUGCCAACUCCAGUGAAGUGUGUGAGAGUGCCUGCAGGCUUCUAUACACACUUUUUCAGGGAGGCAGGAGUGUGGGUCUGGAUGAAGCUUCCACGGCUCUAAGUCAGAUUUUGAUUGCCAUGAAAGAUCAUAACUUCCAGCCUGAGGUACAGUUGGAAGGGCUAAGAGCCAGCCUGGUGCUUGUUAAUCCAGACCUCAGUUUGAGGGAGAACGGUGUAUCCGUAGCAGAUCCCGACUCAAUUGUGGCUCUGAGAGUGUUAAAAGCUCAGUGUGUGGUAGAGGAAGCUCAUACUGUCUACCUUCAAGCCUUAAACAGGUUCAUCAGCAGCGAGGACAUCCAGGAAUGUGGGUUUGCUGUUCUAUCUGCACUGGCUGAUUGUUCUGGAGCUGUUGAUGUAAUCUGCCAGCAGGGGGCAAUAGACACAGUGUUGCACACACUACAGCUGUUUCCUCAGAAAAGCAAGAUUCACUACUGGGGUCUCAGCCUCCUGUUUCAGCUCAUCUCAAAAAAGAAGCUGUCACGCACGACUGUGCCUGUGUUGGCGUCUGUUCUCGUCGCCUCAGUAAGGCAGCACAAGGGCAGUCGAGAGAUGCGGCUAAAAGGUUUUCAGGUGAUAUGGAAAUUGUUGGACACCUGCUCAGAAGCAGCGGCCCAGCUGGAGAAAGAAGGCUUUGAGAAAGAGAUCUUCCAGCAACUGAAGGAAAGCCUCUCCUCUCCCGAUCACAGAUAUGAUCUAAAGCUAAGCUGCCUGUGUCUGUCAAAGAUGGUGGUGAACAGUGAGAUCCACUACCGCUUGCUGGAGAGAGCCUGUGAGGAGGGGGAUGUCGUCAUGGCCGAGUGUCUUAUAGAGCUGGGAACUGACGUGAACAAGAAAAGCAAAACAGAAUCUUUGAUAUAUCAGGUAUGUGAGCGCGGAGGGCCGCUAGCUCUGAUUGAGGUCCUGGUCAACAGUGGGGUGCACGAGCAACAGUUGCGUGGGGUUCUGAGUGUGUGUGUAAGGAGGAGAGACGGGCCUGUGGUCGUCCUUUUGCUAGCUCGUCUUGGGCUGGACCCCACCAACAGCGCCCUCUGCUUAGGAGGCUUCAGACUUGGCCAUCUCGAGGCCACGUGGCUCAGUGCACUGCUAACAGAAUGCAGAGAUCCACCUGCUACACAGAAGAGGAAUAGUAAAGGGCAGUGGCUGGCAAGGCAAAUACAGUUUCUGCAGACGAAGAGUCAGAUGAGUUUUUUGAGUCUUGUGAGCACAUCAGAAUAUUUCUCUGAUGAUGAGAGCGAUGAUUCCUAUUACAAUCUGGAGGAAAGUGUGUUUUUUGAAGACAUGGAGAGUGAUGUAAGUGAUAGUGCUCCUUCAGGAAGAUCCUACUGUGAGUCACCUGAUGAAUUGACAGGGCGCUCUAGGCAGCAGGAGCGAGCCAAACAUUCUGUUUCUGAGGGUAGCAAUGCUGACCCUGAUCUCAAUAAUUCCUUUAAAGGGAGACUGGCAUGUAGAAAAGACAUAACCCAAAGAGGACUGGUGUUUUCUGCAGGAGGUUCAUUGUCAAAUGUGGACAGAGAUCAUAUCAGACUGCUAGAUCUGUCAGGCAAUGAGCUAGACUCUCUCUCAUGCUUGAUGGAUGAUGGUGCUGUCCAAGAACAGCUUGUACAUGUACUACGUCUGGAUUUAAGUAGCAACAACCUUGUUGAGUUUCCCAGCGCUCUCUGUCAGAGCUUGCGACGCCUCACUCGACUGGAUCUUCAAGGCAAUCAAUUGCACUCACUCCCCGCUGAACUGUGGAGUCUGCCCUCAUUAAGCAUGCUGAAUGUGUCACGAAACUGUGUUGGCCGUGAGCUCUGUUUGAACCCACGUGUGUGCUGUCCAACUCUCCGCCAGCUGAACCUUUCAUUUAACCACAUCACUGUUUUUCCAUACAAUCUCAGCCAAGUCAUGAUGUAUCUAGAAGAACUCUCACUAGAGGGCAAUCAACUCUCAGAGCUCUCCUUACCCCUCUGUCUUACUGAAAUGAAAGUGUUUGAUGUUUCAAAGAAUCGAUUAACAAUGAUCUCUGAUGACUUUUUGUCUGCAUGCACCAAGCUGGAAACAUUCAAUGCCUCAGUGAAUUGUCUUAGUUGUUUGUUGCAACUUCCAGCUAAAAUAACAACAUUAAAAUUAGCCCAGAACAACUUUGAGAGUGUUCCCGAAUCAAUUAUGAAUCUACCCAAUUUGCGAUCAGUGGACAUGAGGAGUAACAGUAUCCGAGUCCUUCCAGGUCCAACUGCCUGGGCUAGUGCUAAUUUAAGAGAGCUGAUAUUCAGCGAAAACCAGAUUUCUGUGCUGGACCUCAAAGAACCCGUGCAUAAGUGGAUCCGUUUGGAGAAACUGCAUCUAAGUGACAACAAGCUCACUGAGCUUCCUCGUCAGAUUGGGCUGCUGGAGGAACUGACCUCUUUGGAUGUCAGUGGUAACACCAGACUGCGCUCUUUCCCUGACGAGAUGGGAAAGCUGGUUCGGCUGUGGGAUUUGCCCUUGGACAGACUACAGCUACAACUGGACCUCAAACACAUUGGUAACAAGACCAAAGACAUUGUCAGGCACUUUCAGCAUCGUCUGAAGAAGGCUGUUCCAUAUUUCCGUAUGAAGCUAAUAGUAGUGGGGAAUGCUGGAAGUGGGAAGACCACUCUGAUCCAGCAGCUGAUGAAGCUUAAGUAUUCUCAAUGGUACUAUAACACACAGUCUUCAACCAUUACCAUUAGAGACUGGAGCAUCAGAGACAGAGAUAGGAAGAACAUGGUCCUGAAUGUGUGGGACUUCGCAGGUGGAAACGAAUACGGUGGCCCCCAUUCUCAAUUCAUGAGUCCCAGAGCUAUCUACUUGGUGCUGUAUGACCUGAGUAAAGGAGUCAGUGAGCUGGACGCCAUCAGACCCUGGCUGUUCAAUAUCAAAGCGCAUGCCCCUGUCUCUCCUGUGAUUCUGAUUGGCACCCAUCUGGACUUAUGUGAGGAUGGCCUGGUACAGGAGUGUGCACAUAAGAUCCAGGAGGAGGUGUUGUCCCAGCCGCUUUUUCCAACAAUUAGGGAGCGCCACAUGCUGUGUGCUUAUGAGGAGUCGGACUCCAUAAGCAGAUUGCGCAAGGCCAUCAUCAGAGAGGCCAAUGGUUUUAAGAUCCAGGGGCAGCCAGUGAUGGGGCAGCUAGUUCCAGACUGUUAUGUUGAGCUGGAGCAGAGGAUUCUACAGGAGCGUUGUCGUGUGCCUGUUGAGUUUCCUGUGCUCAGACACCAAUGCCUCCUGCAGCUCAUUGAGGAAAGCCAGCUACUGCUGGAGGAGGGAGAACUUGCACACGCAGUUCGAUUUCUCAGUGAGACUGGUGUGCUCCUGCACUUUGAUGACCCAGCACUGCAACUCAAAGACUUGUAUUUUAUUGAUCCACAGUGGCUCUGCAAUGCCAUCACACAGCUUCUGACUCACAAGAGCCUGCGUGAGAAACCCAGAGGUGUGAUGGAGCACUCAGUAGUGGAGAAGGUUCUCAGUGAGAGCAGCUGCUUCCCAAAAGGUCACAUAAUGCACUACUUCAAACUCCUGGAAAAGUUCCAAGUUGCCUUGCCAUUGGGAGAUGGGCAGCUCCUGAUGCACUGCAGCCUGUCUGAACAUAAGCCAGUGAUUGAGAUUCCUCACUGUGAGAAAUCAGAGAUCAUUGUGAGAGUAUAUGAGAUGCCUUAUUUCCCUAUGGGCUUUUGGUCCAAACUGAUCAGCCAGCUUCUGGAGGUCUCCUCGUUAAUGCUCCGGGGUAGAGAGAAAGCUUUGAGGCCGAAUCGAAUUUACUGGAGGACAGGUAUAUACCUGAACUGGUCUUCUGAGGCAUACUACCUAGUGGAAGCCUUCACAGAUGUGAACAGCCCUGCCAGAUUUGUUAGGAUCACUGUGCCUUGCUCUCGUAAAGGUCAUGUUCUGUUAGGCCAGGUGGUGGAUCAUAUUGACUCUGUGCUGGAGGAAUGGUUUCCUGGCCUCCUCAACACUGAUAUACAAGGUGAUGGGGAGACGCUGCUGAAGAGGUGGGCAUUGUACAGCUUCGGUGAUGCACAGGACUGGAAUAAGAUGCUGCUGCAGGAUCUGCUCAAACACACAGAUAAAAAUGGUUUAAUGGUGAACCCAGAGGACCCUCGCUGUACAAUCCCCACUUCCCAGAUCAGCCCUGACCUCAUGCUGAGUGACCAGCCAGCUAGUAUCAUGUUGGACCCUGAGGAGCUAGAAAUGGAUCUUUCCAAAGAGUACCUGCUUGGAAAUGGAGGCUUUGGCUCAGUGUAUAGAGCAAUAUACAAAAAUGAAGAUGUUGCUGUGAAGAUUUUCAACAUGCAUGCAUCUGAGCUCUAUGUUCAUAGAUUAAUCAGACAGGAGUUGGCAGUAUUAGGUAGAUUGCACCAUCCCAGUCUGGUGGAUCUCCUGGCUACAGGAACCUCUCCACACGUGCUGGUGAUGGAACUGGCUCCAUCCGGUUCUCUCGACUCACUGUUCGAACAUGAGAACUGUAGCCUGAAUCGCAAACUGCAGCACAGGAUCGCACUACAGGUGGCCGAUGGUCUCAGAUAUUUGCACUCUUCAAUGAUAAUCUACCGGGACUUGAAACCCCACAAUGUGCUGCUGUUCAACCUUAAAGCUGACUCUGAGAUAAUAGCUAAGCUUACUGACUAUGGCAUCGCUCAGUACUGCUGCAGUAUGGGAGUCAAGAGCUCUGAAGGCACUCCAGGUUUCAGAGCACCAGAGGUUGCUCGUGGUAACGUGAUCUAUAACGUUCAGGCAGAUGUUUAUUCCUUUGGACUGCUACUGUAUGAUCUUAUGACUUGUGGAAAGAGAAUAUCAGAUGGUCUAAAGUUCCCCAGCGAGUUUGAUGAAAUUGCCGUGCAGGGCAAGCUACUAGACCCAGUGAAACACUACAAAUUGUCACCCUGGCCAGGGUUUCAAAACCUAAUGAAGGAGUGUCUGAGAGAGUACCCAGAGAGCAGACCUACAUCUGCACAGGUGUUUGACUGUCUGAACUCAGGAAAGAUGCUGUGUCUGAUAAGUGAGCUGACUCUGCCUAGGCUGUCCUCUGAGUGUUUCACUGUCUCCUGUCCGAGUGGAGGUUUGGACGGAGGUGUAAAUGGUGGUGCUGGAACUCAUGUGUGGCUUGGAGGUGGCAGUAGCAGCCAGAAGCAUGGCUUUGUCACGUGUGUGGAUAUAGAGACAGAGAAAUGGUCCACACAGAGGAUUGAUCAAAGCCCCGUCCUCUCCCUUGUGACUGUGAAAGUGCCUGGAGAGGUCCAUGAGUGGUUAGUUGCAGGAACGCAGAGUGGCUCACUGGUUGUUAUGGACACGAGGAACAUUACAGUGUUGCAUUGUUUACAGAGUGCAAAGGACUCAGUGACCUCACUGUUCUUCCACACACCUUCUCAACGCAGCAGCUUAAAGAGCUACUUAUUAGUAGGAACAGCAAAUGGAAUGCUUGCUAUUUAUGAAGAUUCAGUUAUAAAGUGUGUGGAUGGUGCUCCAGUUAAGCUUGUGCAGGUUGGGAAUGUCAACACACCCCUGAUGUGUCUAGCUCCAUCUGGCCACCAUCAGGACCGUACCACUCUGUGGGCUGGCUGUGGCAUGAGGGUGUUCUCUCUAACUGUGGACUAUGACAUCUCUAAAAAUAUUGACACCAGUCAGCAGCGUCUGGCCAGCAGUGAGGCAUGUAUUUCUCGGCUAGUCGUUGAGAAAUAUGUGUAUCUGAGCAAAAAUAGAGGACACAGUAUAGAGGUGUGGGAUAAGAAGAGUGGGAAGAUGAUUGACUUUAUCGACUGUCUGCAGUUACUCAGAAAGGUCAGAGCUGUGAGUGCUGACAGUUCCAGAGAAAUAGACUCAAUGUGGGCUCAUGUGAAGGCUUUGCUGGUACAGCAUAAUGGCACGCUCUGGGUAGGUACUGGAUCGGGGCACAUCCUGCUGGUGGAUCUGUCUACUCGUCAGCUACUACAGGUCAUCAACCCUGGCUGUAAUUCAGUGCGCGCAAUGGCCCCUGUGCUGAUCGAAACACAAGGCCAAAAAAGUGUGAUUCUGAUGUUGGGAAGAUGUGUUCACUCUUCUCGUGAGAAGCUCAAGUCUCAUUCAGAUGCUGUGUUGAUGAUGUGGAGUAGUACCCUGUCACAGGAAGUAAAAGAUCUAAACAGACACUGUGAGCUGAGAGAGCAGAUGGCAUACAAUAUGCAAGGACAGGCCCAUGACUAAACGUUGUCUUUAUUCUCACAUCUGACAAACUUGCAACUAGUGUACAUUAACACAACUUCAUUGUUCUUUAAUUGUGAAUUUAUGUUGUUUCAUUGGACAUGGUCAUACUGGCAUAAAAUAUUUCAUAACUUGUGCAAUCAGUGGUCAGUGAGCUCAUCAGUGAUUCUUAAGCUUGAUAGAAGUUUUGUGUGAUUUAAUUUUAGACUACAGUGGAACAAAAGGGUGGAUGGCAGUAGGAAUGGUGCACCAGGGGCUUUGUGAUCGAACACAAACCGAGUGUUUGAUUUCUCUUCCCUUACAUGCCAAUCCUAAACAAAAAACAGAUUAAGAAUGGCUGCUUUAUUCUUUUUUAUAUAAUUAUGUAAUAAUACUAUAAUAAUUAUUAUUAUUAUAAAUAAUACUGUAUUUACAAUUAUGUAACACAACAUGCAUGUCAAAAUGUUUUGCUUUAAUGUGCUGGGAACUUUAUAUAUCCCUCUAGUUUGUUCUCUAAGUGUUCUUUGCUUCUUAAAGUGUUUCCUUAAAGUUUACUUAAGGAAACUGUCUGUUUUACAGGGGCUUGUAGUACCUUCAAGAGCACACCUAGAGGGAGAAAAAUUUUAUAUAUAUUAGCACUUCUGCACAAGUUAUUUUGGAAAGGAAUUGUUACUUUUUUUUUACUUUACUGGGCAUACUUGGACAAUACUUGGACAAUAAGCCAAAGAUAGAGGAAAAAAAACAUUUUUACACAAAAAAAUAUUGUGCAUGCCAGUGUGAUUCUUGUACUGUUAAUUCUUUGUUUAAAAGAAUGAAUUUACUUUUAUUUUUGUUAUUAUAAAUUAUGUUUCUCUUUACAUCUAGUCCAGGUCUGUUAAUGCACGUACAGUACAGUACCUGUCAAAAGUUUGUGCACAACUUCUUAUUUAAUGCUUUUUUUUUUUUAGUGUUUUAUUUUCUACAAUCUAGAAUAAUACUGGAGAUAAUCAAAUAUAUGAAAUAAUACUUAUGGCAUUAUGUUAUUAAGUAACAACAGUCAGUUAUUUUAAGACACAAAUGUCAGCUGUUCUGGAACAGUUCUUGUAUUGUGCAUUUGCAAAACCCAUCAAGCACCAUGAUGAAACUGGCUCUAAUGAAGACCAUGGAACACAAGAAACCAGAAACACAAGACCAAAACUUACCUCUGCUGCAGAGGAGAAGUUCAUUUAGAGUUAUCAGCCUCAGAUUAAAGCCGUUAUCAAGGCAUCACAGAGCAGACACAUCUCAGUAUCAUCUGUUCAAAGGAGAUUAUUGCAUAUUUUGGUUGCCUGCAGCAUUGUUUUACAAUGUAGAAGAAAAUAAAAAUCAAGAAAGACCAGGAAAUUAUAAGCUGUGUCAACUUUUGAGUGAUGGUGUAUCUCAAGAUACAUCUAUUAAUGUACAGUAAUAAAAAUCGAUGGUUGCUGGAUAUAAAGACAUAAAAACUUAACAAAUCCAUACAUGUAUCCCUGCGUAAUUAGUAGGAGAGCCAUAAUUAAAUUCAAAUGCAUUUUUUAGAGAAGAGAUACCUCUGAUUUGUUUUCAGGAAUGAAGCAAUUUACAGGUUUGUCAAGACCAUAGAAGGCACUAAUGAUUGGAAUGUGACAUUUCUUUAAAUUAAUGAAUAGUCCUGCAAAAUUCAGUGUUGUAGUCAUUGUGUAGAGGAAUACCUUGAAACAAUUCUUACAGUGUUUGGUGAUCAUGAUAGAGCUUUGUAACCUAAUCACAAAUAUAAUUUCAGAUUAUUUGUCUUUUGUUGAAAUUUAGAGAAAGCAAAAUGGACAUUCAUCAAAUUUUAUUCCUAAUCAUGUGAUAAGACAUUGCACUAUUUUUUGCUGCUGCUUUUUAAAUGCUUCUUGCUUAAAUGUAUU